UAUUGAUCAGUCAGAGUCAGAGACGGAGUCGAUCUCAAGCGGUGUAUUAUUCAGCUCGGCUUCGUUAAUAGUUUGGUUUUUUUGGUUUGUCAAUGCUUUGGGAAUAAAAUAAAUUUAAUUUGAUCAGAUUUUUCGUUAUAUUGAUGGUGUAAAAUUCCCUUUUUUCAAUUCUAAGAAUGGAUAACCUAAGUUAAAAUGUCAAUAAACACAUUUUAUAAAUUAAGACUAGUAAUAAUAUUAAUUAUAGUUGAAUUAGUUUCUAUAGGAUCAUGCUGUACUGAUAUAGAAUGGUCUUGUGAUUCUGGCCAAUGCAUUGCUUCGGAUGAACUUUGUGAUGGAAAUACAGACUGUUCGGAUGGGUCGGAUGAGACCGCAGAUGUGUGUAUUCAACAAACUUGUCCAUCAUUUGCUUUUCGAUGUGCCUACGGAGCUUGUGUAGCUAAAUCAGCUGAGUGUAAUGGAAUCAAGGAGUGUGCGGAUAACUCAGACGAAACAAGUUCCUUGUGUCCAGAUAAUUUAAAUUCGAGAAAUACUCUUUGUCAAGACGAUCAAUUUCAAUGCACCUCUGGAGACUGCAUCGAUCUCGACAAUGCUUGCGAUGGUCAUUCUGAUUGUAGGGAUCAAUCCGAUGAAACAGUUGGAGCAUGUGCAUCGUUUAAUUGUCCAACGUUUGCAUUUCGAUGCGGAUACGGUGCAUGUAUUUCAAAAUUUAAAAUAUGCAAUGGCAUUCCCGACUGCAGAGAUGGAUCUGAUGAAACUCGUAAGUUGUGUGGUGAGAAAACUUAUCCCACAUCACCCACAAAAACACCACCUACUAUUGCUGGGCCUACAAGACCAACAAAAAGGCCACCAGUAUCGCCACCACCUACAAGACCACCGAUUCAAGGCUGUAAAGCUCCAAAUAUUCCUAAUUCUAUACUUAAAUACGAAAUGGAGCCAACAAAGAUCAUGAGACCUGGAGAAGAAAUACCUGAUGGUACAUCAAUGGUUUAUGAAUGUGUGGCCGGUUACUACCGUGAGGGACCUCAGUAUAAUUUAUGUUUCGACUCAAAAUGGUAUUCAGUAUUAGAUGCAAGCUGUGUCAAAUACUGUCCUUAUCAUAAGCUCAAGGGUGUUACAUUCAGGGCUUCGUGUGAGAAAGAUGGUAUUUCUGUUAAAUGUGAUGAACGUAUUAGACCUGGUACUUCUGCAAGACUAUCAUGUCAACAUAAAUACCGUAAACCUGCACGAAAUCCUCCUGAUACAUUGGUUUGCCAAGAGGAUGGUCAAUGGGAUUAUGAACCAUUCCGUUGCGAGCCUGUGUGUGGCAAAGAACUUUUGAUAUCGACAGCAUUUUCUGUAAAUGGAAUUGAUACUAAUAUAACUUAUGUGCCAUGGCAUGCAGGAAUUUAUCAAAAUUUUGCUGGAAAUAGAUUUAAGCACGUUUGUGGAGCUACUAUAGUUAGUGCAAAGGUCUUAGUAACAGCUGCACAUUGCUUCUGGGAUUUUGCAAAUCAAAAGGCUUUUGACAAAUCAUAUUUCACUGUUGGAGCUGGAAAGUAUUUACGUGAUUAUUAUGCCAAUGAACGCAAUGCUGAAUUCAAAAACAUAUCCGAAAUUGCAAUUCCCCCAGAUUUCCAUGGCGAUAUCGAGAACUACAAGGGUGACAUUGCUGUAAUUGUUUUGACGAAUUUUCUUACAUUUAGUCCGUUCAUUGCACCAGCUUGCAUAGAUUGGCAACAAGCUGGAGCUAAAGCAAUAAAAAGUAAUAUCUAUGGACAAAUUCCAGGCUGGGGAAUUGAUAACAGCGGAGAUUUUAGUAAAGUUCUAAGAACCAUUGAUGUCCCGUCGACUAGCUAUGCCGAUUGCUUAGAUAAAGUUGGUACACAAUUGGCCAGCGCUGUGACCAAUGAUAAAUUUUGUGUUAUCAAUACUUCGGGAUCAGUUGUAUGCCAAGGGGACAGUGGAGGAGGUUUUAUAGUGAAAACUCUCGUGAAUGGAGAAUAUAUAAAUUAUUUGUGGGGUGUUGUAAGUGGAGGUCUACCACAAGGUAAUAAGUGUUCAGAAUUCGUAUUUGUAAGCUACACGAAUAUUCAAUAUUUUGAGUCGCUUAUUAUGUCACGAAUGAACUCAAAUCGACCGAAAUAAAACCAAAUGGACUAUUCUAAAGUAGAAAUACUGUAAAUGGUUUAUAUUUUAGGUAUUAAGUAAGUUUGUUUAGGCUAUAUUUGAUUAAGUGAUAAAAUAAAAUACCGACUUUUUAACAGA